AAUUUUUUGGAGCCCGAUUAAUAUCGUGGUGUGAAUAUUUUUGGGGAACAUUCAUAUUUAAGUUCUAUUGCGCUACGAUUGUCAAAUAAUGUUUUCAAAAGUGGCUGGUCCUCAAUGAAAACGUGAAAUUGACAUCGUUUAGCGAGCAUUUCGAAUGUUUCUAUCUAGUCAUUUUUGUAUAAUAUUUUCGAGAGAUUUGUGUAUAUUCAACUUGUGCAAAAAAAAGAAUCAGUCAACCCAAUAUUUAAUUUGACUGAUUUUUGUGAUCCAGUCACCGAAAACUUCCAUCAUUCCGCCAAUAACCGAGUUCCUGCCCGCAGGGUGGCAAUUAUUUGAUAAGGGUUCUAUCUGCGAUAGGCUGGUAGGCCAGUCUGUUGUAGGAUCUUUGGUUAAUAGCGACAACUGGAAGUUGUCUUUGGACGCAGAGCCUCCUUGGCUUUGCUAGCACCCCCAACUUAUUCUUUGCUUUAGCUCGCCUCCCCACGACUUUCACAAUUCUCAUUGACAGCUGCCUCAUUGCUGACUAGCUUCUAUAGAGUUUUAUUUUAAGUAAGGAAUCCUCAAAAGCGUUUUUAUCAUCAUGAAGGUAACAAAUUUAGAUGAGCGCAUUCAUGUGCUGGACAAUUCCUCAAAUGUAUUGAGCGUCAUCAAGAGAAUCGCCAACAGUGGCGUUCAGGAAGAAGCUUUCUACAUUUUCGACGUUGGCGACAUUGUUCGCAAACAUCAAAUCUGGAAGGAAAAAUUGCCUCGUGUCGAACCCUAUUAUGCUGUCAAGUGUAACGAUAAUAUCACUGUUUUAGAAGUUCUCGCUGCCCUCGGCACUGGCUUCGAUUGUGCCUCUAAAGCUGAAAUAAACAAAGUACUUAAUAUGGGUGUAAGUCCAUCUAAAAUAAUUUUCGCUAAUCCUGCAAAACCGGCUUCACAUCUCCGUUACUCUUCUUCAGUUGGUGUCGAUAUUAUGACUGUCGAUAAUGAAAGUGAAUUACACAAGAUCAAAUAUCUUCAUCCUACAGCUAAGAUCGUGAUUCGUAUUCGCUGCGAUGCGGAGGUUGCUCUGUGUCCUUUGGGCAUUAAAUUUGGUUGCGACGCUACAACUGAAGCACCAAAUCUUAUUCGUACAUCGCGUACAUUGGGUCUGGAUGUUGUAGGGGUUAGUUUUCACGUUGGCUCUGGUUGUCAGGAUCCACCGGUUUAUUUGCGUGCUAUACGAAUGGCUCGAGAUCUUUUUGAUUUUGCAAAGGAAGUUGGCUUUAAGCCCUACUUACUCGAUAUUGGCGGUGGAUAUCCAGGUGACAAGAAUACCAGCAUUGAUAAGAUGGCCGAUACUAUUAAUCAAGGAAUAGACGAAUGCUUCAAUACGGAUGAUGUGAAAAUUAUCGCCGAACCGGGACGUUUCUUCGUGGCAUCUGCAUUUACACUCGCAGUAAGUAUUCACAGCAAACGCUCAGUUCGAGGAGACAAAACAUGUCCUAAUGUUACUACGCACAAUAUGUACUACAUUAAUGACGGUGUUUAUGGAUCAUUUAAUUGUUUGCUGUAUGAUCAUCAAACCGUAAAACCAUUGCCACUGAAGAAUGGAUCUGGAAAAAUGAUACCGUCAAGCAUUUGGGGACCGACAUGCGAUGGUUUGGAUCAAGUUGUCGAAAAUGUUCUUCUUCACGAAAUGGAACUUGGCGAUUGGUUUAUUUUUGAAAACAUGGGUGCUUACACUCUGCCAGUGGCUUCAACUUUCAACGGAUUUCCCGUUCCGAAAGUUCAUAUUAUCGCUGAAAACCACAUAUGGCGUAGUUUAAAGAAUAAUUCACCAAUAACUGAGGAGCAUUUUGUAAUGGGUAACGUGCCAGACAAUCUGAAUUAUGGCCUCGACAUUGGAGGAAGUGACAUGGUAACAUGGACAAAUGCAAAAGUAGAGAUUUCAGCAAAUAAUCUACUUAUAGAUUCUUCAAAUUCUUCGAAUUUCAUUUAUGAUUACGUUGAAGUUGAUCCAUUGAAAUAGCAGUUUGACUAUAUUUUUGAUUUGACGAGCAACUUUGUUCUUUCCUUUUAAUUUCUAUUAUUGACUAUAUAUAAAAUCAAUUUCUAAUGGAUUCAAAUUCUUCAUUGCAGCAAAAGAUAAAAUUCCAAUGAAUGAUAAAAUUUUCCUAUAUUUAAAAAAGAGGACGUAUUUAUAUGUUUUUUUUUUGCUCCAAAUGUGUCUCGAAUUUUAUUUUAGAUCAAAUUUUUACAAAAAAUACCUUAAAGGAUAACUUUUAUUUUCUCAAAAAAAAAAAAAAAUCUUUCAAAUAUGAAGAUACACGAAAUCUUAGAAUACUGUGGAAAACAAAUUUUCAAUUUAUUUUAAAUAAAUAGCAGGCUUUUUAGUAAAUUGUCAAGCAUUAAAAAAAUUUUAAAAACGUUUUUAUUUAAUUUUGGUAAUAAUUUUCAGAUGUCUUGAAAGACCUUUUAUUUUUUUCACUUAAAAUUUUUCGAUUAAUAAUUAGUAAUUAGUAAUGAAGAUAAUUUUUUCGGGGGGAGGGGGGGUUAAAGUACACAAAUCAAAAAAAGAAACAAGUGAAGAAAAUAAAAAAUUUAAUCGUUAAAAGAAUCUUGUUAGAAAUUUGACGAAUUUUUUAAAAUGCAUGCCAAUAGAUAGAAAUAUGUAUAUUAAUCGCACAAUAGAAUAUUGGCUUUGUAAUUUAAUAACAUUUGUUUUAACAAAUUUAUUUAAAAUGAAAAAUUAUAUAUAAAAGAUUAAUUUUUAACGAAAGUUUUUUUCGAUUAAUUUUUUUUUUAAGAAACAUGAUUGUAAAGUAUACGAGAAAUAUUUCAAUGGUACUUGAUUUUAAAUGAUUAUAGGAGGAAAAAAUAUAAGUUUUUUGCUCGAGAUAAAAAGAAAAGAAAUGCACCUAUAGUAAUGUUUCUAAAUUUCUAGUACAAAAAAUGGUUCGACUCUGUAGAAGUACUAGGAAACCCUUAAGGCUUUGAGGCAGCUGUCAUAUGUAAAACAAAAAGAUAAUUAGAUUUUUAGUCGUUAAUUUUAAAUUAUUACCUUGAUUGUAUUAUAAAUAAAAUAAAAUAAAAUAAUUAUGUAUAAAUAUAUAUAAAUAUAUAUUUUGUAAAUAUUUAUACAUAUUAUAAAUAUAUAUAAUUACAUAUAUGUCUGCUAUUACUGUUAAUUAUUAAUUGUAAUAUUCGUGUAAUGAACUGCAUUAUAUCAAUAAAUUUGAUCUUAAAAUGUA